UUCUGUAAAAAUGAAAGUCUUCAUAUUGGCAGUCGAUACUGAAAAAAUAAAUAUAUAUAUAUAUAUGGUACGAUAUACAUACAAUGCAGCCACGCCACAAUGUCCCCAAUGGAAACCGUGAGCCAAUGAGGCUUUUUGUGGCAUUGAAUCCGAAAGCGUUCACGUACAUUGAAAAACAAUGCAUGGAGAUUCAAACAGAUACAGCAGGCGCAAUAUGAUUUAAACAGAAAGACACUCGCGCGCCGGCAUUAUGUGCAUGAAAUCAUUUUCAUCUAAUCAAUGGUAUGAAUGAGCUGCCACAUGCUGAUGUCUUAUCCUGCGUUGAACGCCCCCAAGGGAGCCACUGCAGUUACGGCUCCGCGAUAAAGCAGCCGCCACUAAAAGUGUCAGCGAAGUACUAAAAUCAAGUUUUGAGUGUGAUACUCAUGGAGGCUUUUAUCCCACAAAUCAAUCGCGACGACGACGACAACAACAACAACAAAAAGAGCGGCCAACAAGCCUCUCGUUUGUGUGAUGGCCAAAGUGAAAACUUUGAGGUCCCAUGAUGCACUUAGACCUAGAAAGGCUGCGUGGCCCCCGUCCAAAAGCAGCCUGCUCAAAGUGUGUAUUGAAAAACACAGCGUACCCUGAUUUGAAGCGAUACAUGGUCCAACAUCGCUCAAAGGGCACCGAUCGAUCGGGAAAAAGAAUUUCGCACACGCAUGCAAUAUGAGCAUUAAGAGUCCUCGCGAUUUUUUGGAUCAUAUGCUCUGGCUGUCCGCCCUUUGACUGGCCACCGAGAUGUUGAUCCCUGAUCCAGCGUUAAAUACAUCCCAGCCUCUGAAAAGCAAAGACCUUUUUUUUUUUCUUUUGCAUCUUAUCUGUGAAGUUAUUACCUGUAGUUUUCCAGAGGUGCAGUCCGAUUAAUGCCUUUCAAUGAAUUUACUGUUGGCAAAUAGUCAAAGUAGAUUAUUAUUAUUUUAUUUUUUUUAUCUUUGGUAGUUCUACAAAGUUGAGUUUCUCCUAAUUUACCUUAAAUUUGGUCGGAAUGGAAAACGAUGCUAAUGAAAACAAAAAAAAACUCAAAGAUCUAAGAAUAUCUGUGAUCUCUGAUAAUAUCUGUGAUCAAAUUUAAUUUUAUUUUGCACCUUGUUAUGAAUCUUGUAUUUCUACAAAGUAUAGCUGCUCCUAAUUGACGUAAAAUUUGGUCAGACUGGAAAACGAUGCUGACGCAAACAAAAGAAAACUAAAAAAAAAACAGAUAAUAUCUGUGAGAUCUGAUAAUAUUUGUGAUAAAGUUUAACUUUUGUCUGCAUCUUGUUUUGAAUCUUGUAACUCUACACAGUUCAGAUGCUCCUUAUUGACCUUAAAUUGGUCAGAGUGCAAACGAGAACAAAAGAAAGAUCUGAUAAUAUCUGCGACAAAAUUGGAACUGUUUUUGUCUGUCUGGAAUGCCGCGGGAGAGAAAAAGCCACCAAGUGUCCUGACUGGUUGACUGGUGUCAUCGUAGAGUGACACAUUGAAGCGUGACAGGAAACUGUGCAGUUGGAAACAUGCAUUGGUGGGAAAAGAAGGGCAGAAAGUGUGAAGGAGGAAGUGCAGUGAGCGCGUGCGGAGGUGAAGCGCUGCGGUGACUAGCCCGGGGUGAAGUUUCGUCACACUAAUCUUUCCAGCGAAAUAAAGUUUGUCUGCCAACGCGAGCAGCCUUUUUCAAAACGGGAGCGGGCGGAGAGAGAUUUACUCUCUCACGCUCGUUGGAGGAGCCGGCCAGUAGAAUAUUAUGGCCGAAGCAUUUCAUCCUGAACCUCGUCCGUCUUUGGGAAGAAGUUGCAGCCUGCUGGUCAAGACCUAAUAUAAAAAAAAAAAAGAUGAAAAUGCGGCGGCACCGGGUGUUCUUGCUGUGCACGGUGGGCCUGUGCGUCAUCUCCUUCCUCCACUACUACAAGGCCCUCCACUAUGUCUCCCUGCUGCGUGAGCUCUCCGCCCCGUACCCCAACAUCAAGUCCUUCAUCAUGGUCACCGGCUUCUUCUGGAGAGAGAAGGGCGCAGGCUCCACCCAGCUCAGUCCCGCCUCCCCCGAGGAGGCCCCCCCCUUACCUGCUCUCCGCCAGUCGGACACCAAAGCCAGAGGCGUGGCAGGUGCUUUGGGAGGAGGAGGCGGCGGCGGCGGAGGAGGAGGGGAAGGAAGGGGGUUGGGUCUGGGGAUUGGGGGCGUCAUGGUUGGAGGUGCUGGGAUCAUUGGCAGCGCAGGGCUGGAGGUGAGGCUGAGGGAGGAUCCGGCAGCCCCUCACCCCUGGGAGAAACCCGAGGAGAACCAACAGGGAGAAUCCCCGAAUGAGGAGAGAGCCGAGGACCAUUUGAAGCCACUGAAUCCCAACCACCAAGCUCAACCGGCUGGGCCUGACCUCCCUGAUAUCCCAUUGGCCGGAAAAGGACAUAGAGCGGUGCUCCUCAAGGAUCAAUUGCCGGACCCCUUAGAAUCACUGGGAGACCUCCACACCCGCACACACCAGCUUCAAGAGGACAAAACACCUUACUUUGUCCGAACCAAGGCUGGGGCUCUUUGCUUUAGGCAGGGCACAGAGGUGGCUACCCCAAAGGAGUACUCUGGGAAAUUAGGGGCUGCUGUGGGCAAUGGAGCUGGGGAAGGUGCUCGGGCCGGGGCUGCUGGGCAACGGAAACUUCUGGAAGUCCAGCAGCAGCCCUCUAUAGCGCCUAAACCCAAGACGAGGUCCAGGGGAAAUGGGAAGCGGCUCGUCAAGUGUGUGUGUCGGCCGGGAUGGCACGGACCUUACUGUGGCGUUCCCACCAUGGUGUAUCACUCCAAUCUGCCGACCAAGGAGAGGCUGACACCCAGGGAGAUCCCGCGGAGGGUGAUCAACGCCAUCAACGUUAACCACGAGUUUGACCUGCUCCACGUACGCUUUCGCGAACUUGCCCAAGCCGUUGAUCUGUUCCUCGUAUGUGAAUCCAACUUUACUGCCUACGGCGAGAAACGGCCCCUAAGUUUCCUGCAGCGCCUCCUCAACGGUACGUAUGACUACGUACGCCACAAGAUCCUGUACGUGUUCCUCGACCACUUCCCGGAGGGCGGUCGGCAGGACGGCUGGAUCGCCGAUGACUACUUGCGUACCUUCCUGACGCACAACGGCAUGUCCAGGGUGGUGGGCGCCAGGGCGGACGAUGUCUUCGUCAUCAACGACGCGGACGAAAUCCCGGCGCGCGAGGGACUCCUUUUCCUCAAGCUGUUCGACGGCUGGACAGAACCGUUCGCCAUCCACAUGCGCAAGUCACUGUAUGGAUUUUUCUGGAAGCAGUUCGGGUCUCUGGAGGUGGUGUCGGGUUGCACGGCGGGGAUGCUCCGCGACGUCUACGACGGCGACGGUAUCAAACUGCGCCGGCGGGAAUACUACACCAUGCCGGGCUUCCGCAAGUACGAGAACGACACGGGCCACAUCCUGGUGCAGUGGUCGGUGGGCAGCCCCUUCCACUUUGCCGGGUGGCACUGCUCCUGGUGCUUCACGCCGGAGGGCAUCUACUUCAAGCUGGUGUCGGCGCAGAACGGAGACUUCCCGCGCUGGGGCGACUACGAGGACAAGAGGGACCUCAACUACAUCCGCGAUCUGAUCCGGACGGGGGGCUGGUUCGACGGCUCCCUGCAGGAUUAUCCGCCGGUGGACCCCAAAGAGCACAUGUACGCCCCCAAGUACAUGCUGGAGCACUAUGACAGGUACCGCUACCUCCUAGAGAACCCUUACAACAAAGUGUCCAGACUGAGCGAGGGCUAGGAGGUCGGCCGGGCAAAAGACACGUGAAUUAACUUGUAGGGCCUCAGCUGGGGCCUCGGCACUGAGUGUUGGGGAGGCAGGAGCAGUACUGACGAACUAUAUCUCUCAUUGGAGAGAUGCUACAUGUAUCCUCUCCGCCAGGCAGCACUGAUCAAAAUCUCUUAAAAAUCAUCUUUUGGGGGUCAAAAAAAAAAAAAAGGGAACACUGAAUCACACCCACCAUGGAUUUAUGGAGAGAGAGCGCGUAUAAGGAUACAACCACUGGAUAAACAAAAUCAUAGAUUUCCUCAUUCCUCCCCUUUUGGGGGGAGGGGUCAAGCUAUCUCUUCUUUUCUGUCUUUUUUAACCCACCCUCAAGUCCUCCCUCUUCUCGCCCCAAUCUGAUUGGACGCGCCUGAGAGAGAGGGGUCGCUCGGAAGACAGAAUACAAGGGAUAUUUUUGCAGGCGCUCGAAACCUGUGGAGAGGAGAAACUUUGGGAGUGAGGGGGCUGGCUUUUGUUCCCGUCUGUGUUUACGAAAAAGGUUUUACGGACCGGCUGACGUUCCCACUUCACUGCUCCGCCUUCAGAUCGUCUUCCUGUCAUAUUUCGGUGACCUCCUUGCAGGAACUGCUACACUCUUGUAUGUCAUAUGUUUGUCUCGGGUCUCGGCAGAAGGUUAUAAAAAAAAUCGUAUUUAAACCCCGAAA